AAUACGCUACUCUCGCUCACCACCUGCAUCUUCUCUUCUUUUUUUUUUCUCCCUAUAUUUUUUUUUGAAAUAUAUUUUUUACUUUUUUUUUGGGUCUCUUUAUUCUUUGAUUUUAGUUGUAAUCUUGAAGACCCUGGUUGCUAAAAAUCAGAAAUUUUGAUGUUCGAGGCUUGACUAAGUUUUAUGAGUAUGAAGAAAAGCUCUGAGACUUCUUUUUCUCUGCCUAGUCUUUUCUGUCAUGAAGAUGAGUCUUGUUUUAAUGAUAAUUUCAGCUCUUUGUCUCAGUCGGAUGAUGAGUUUGUGCAAACGUUGUUUGACAAAGAGACCACCUUUGAAUCUGGUUCCUCGGAUUUUUCCAGAGAGCUGAAAUGGGCUCGCUUGGAUGCUAUCAAGUGGACUUUCAAUACAAGGUCGAUUUUUGGGUUUCAUAUCCGGACAGCCUAUUUGUCAUUGACAUAUUUUGAUCAGUUUCUCUCAAGAAGAUCCAUUGAUAUUGAGAAAGUGUGGGCUAUCAGAUUACUGGCAGUGGCAUGUUUAUCCUUGGCAGCAAAAAUGGAGGAAAGGAAGGUUCCUUUGUUAAGUGAGUAUUAUGUAGAUGAAUUCAAUUUUGAGGGAAAUAUGAUUCAGAGAAUGGAGCUACUUGUACUGAAUGCUCUGGAAUGGAAAUUGGGAUUGAUUACCCCUUUCGAGUUUAUUCACUAUUUGAUCACCAAGUUCUUUGGAUAUUGUUCACCUCCUACAGACUUGGUGUCGAAAGCCAUGGAAUCGGUUUCCUCCAUCAUCAAAGAGAUUAGUUUGAUGGAUCAUAGACCAUCUGUGAUCGCUGCAGCUGCAGUUUUGGGAGCCAGCGAUGAACGAUUAACAAGAGCAGUUAUGGAGCUGAAGAUUGAUAUAAUUGCCUCUUGGGGUUCUCUAGAAAAAGAACACAUAUUUUCUUGCCAUAAUUUAUUGGUUGAAUUGGAGAUGGAAAAAAGCAAGACCCCGAAUUCCUUGGUUUCGACUAAUUUACAGAUAAAACAUUUGAGUUCAUCUUCAGUCACUUGUGGAGGUGUUGGCACAAAGAGGAAGCUUUCAUACAAUGUAGAUUCCGAAAACCAAGGUCCUUCGCAGAAAAUCUUCCGGCAAUAACUGAUUGCUGUUCUUUGAUUGAUUGAAUGGUUUGGUUAAAUGAUGAUUAUUGAUCUAAAUUACCUGCCUGAUUGCAUACUGAGUUUACAAUAAUCUACCAAAUUAUGGUAUGAUUUGAAGCUAAUGAAGCUUCCAUAUUUCUACAAGCAACAAAAUUGUCAAAGGGCUUGACAACCAAUCAAACAGUGAAAGUUAGGAAACAGUAAAUGAGUGGACAACUUUAUAGUAGAUAGUAAUAAGGUAAAGAAGCUGACUAAAGUACUCCAAAAGCCAAUUUUGAAGGAAGUUGAGGGCCAAAGAGAAGUUGACAAGGCCAUUCAAGACUGUUUGUUUAUAGUGAGUGAUUAUUCUGUGUAGUGUUUUGCUUUACUGAUGAAUUUUGCCAGUGCUCAUCCACUAUCAGCAGCUUUGGAUUUCUUUUAAUUAUAUAUAUAUUUUUUAUUUAUUUUGUUUGA